CAGCUUUGAUCGUCGUCUUUCCCUUGAUGGCCUGCCACCAUCGGAUCGCCGAAGUCAGAAGGUGAACAUCGCACCUCUGUACAACGCGAUAGCCGCUCACAGUUGCGCCGUCAAGGUCACGAUCAAGUACCGACUUGUGGACAGAGCCUGCUUCCACCCGGGAGACCGAAACCACAUCAAGAUGCCCCCCUUGGAGGCGAGCACCUCAGCCGUGGCGCAAGAGACGAUGGCAAGGCAGAAUUUUGAGCUGAACAAUGACAUGGUCACGCUCGAUGCCUCUGAUGCCAUCUUCCACUACGAUCCGGAGAAGCAGCGCGAGAUCAACGAAAGGAAGCCUUGGAAGCAAGAUCCGCACUUCUUUCAGAAAAUUCGCAUCUCCGCAGUCGCCCUGAUCAAGAUGGUCAUGCACGCAAGGUCGGGAGGGAUAUAUGAAAUCAUGGGCUUGAUGCAAGGCAAGGUCGAUGUGGAGACACGGACGAUGUACGUGAUGGAUUCUUUUGCGUUGCCAGUCCAGGGGACAGAGACGCGGGUAAAUGCGCAGGCAGAGGCGUACGAGUAUAUGGUCGAAUACAACGAGGCCAGCAGACAUGUCGAUCGCUUGGAGAAUGCCAUUGGGUGGUAUCAUUCGCAUCCUGGUUACGGCUGCUGGCUGUCCGGAAUCGACGUCAGCACGCAAUCGCUCAACCAAAAGUAUUCGGAGCCUUGGGUAGCUAUUGUGAUUGAUCCCAACCGGACAAUAUCAGCGGGCAAAGUCGACAUUGGUGCAUUUCGAACCUUUCCGGAAGAUUACAAGUCACCUACCUCAGCGGAGGAGUCCGAGUACCAGAACAUCCCAUACAACAAAAUUGAAGACUUUGGCGUACACGCCAACCAGUACUACCCCUUACAAGUGGAGAUCUUCAAGUCGAGCUUGGACGACAAGCUACUCGCGCUGCUGUGGAACAAGUACUGGGUUUCUACGCUUUCUCAGAGUCCGCUUAUCGUCAAUCGCAGCUAUACGGCUGGUCAAGUGAAGGACUUGGCGGAGAAGCUGUCGCGGACGCAGCAAAAGGUCUUGACAGGUCGCAGCAAUACGGUCUCCCAAGGCGCAAGCUUGGACAUCCGGAUCAUCGAACGCUGGGGAGGCUCAGAUCUAGGUGCUGCGGGGGGAUUGAGGGGGUUAGGCGGGGAAGCUGAGAAGGGUAACGCGGCCGCGACCUCUAUUCCAGGCGCGCAAGCUGACGCCGCCGGCGAGCAAGCAGCAGCGUCAAAGGAAGCAGAUGCCAGCCAGUUUCAAGAUGGCGAUCUGCAUCCGAAAAUUGCAGCGGCGAUGCAGGAGCUUCACAAACGGGAUGACGACACGGCGCUCAGCAAGGCUGCUAAGGACGCUGCCAAGCUGGCGUCCGAGGCGCAGCAUGGCUUAAUCCAUCAGGUGCUCAAGGACAUUAUCUUCAAUCGCGGAGGAUCCAAUACUGGUCUUCCCCCUUUAAUGUGAUCUCGUCACAUGCGCGGACAUCUUUUGAAGUGUAUGCGCCAUUCGCUUGCUCGCUCGGCACGGCACACUUGUAUUCUUAGACAUUUCCCCUUCAAGUUCAAUACCAUGACACGCAUGCCCAACCACAUCAUGC